GUUUACAUAAAUAAGCACAUCACGUAUGUGACAUGUCCUCUAUUCAUAAAUUCAUUUGGUUCAUGUCUAACUCCAUUUCUUAAUAUCAAUUGACUUCUAUUUUACUAAAGUAUAUAUAUAUAUAUAUAUAUAUAUAUAUAUAUAUAUAUGUAUAUAUAUUUAUUUAUUGGAGAUUCUCAUAAUUUUUAGAGACAAAAAAGUUUCAUCAUACGCUUUUACGAUGUACCGUACGUGUAGUUUGAAUCUAGCUUAACGCGAUCUUCAUUUUUUUUUUUUUCUUUCUAAUUUAUUAAAAAUAAAAUAAAAAAACUUUUGGAGACAGGCUUCCGGCCUCGAGCCAGUCGCUAGAUAAGCAAGCACUUCCGAAAUGCAAUGUUAGUUUUACCAAUACUUAACCUUACGCGGCGCAGCGCAACGCAAUGCAAUGCUUUCUAACCACAUCCACACCCUAAAACAAUACACCUAUCUCACACGCAAUAAAAACUCUUCACCAAAUGCACUCAAUAAAAGAGAGCUGAUAAUCGUAUCAGCACCGCGCCUCCCUCCUAUCGGCGGGUCUCACAUUUUUCUCUCUCUAUUCCUUUUUUAAUAUUCGCGCAUUUUGCUGGUCGUCUUCGUUUCUGCUUGUGACUAGAGAACCGAAGAUAUGGCAAACGCCGCAUCUGGAAUGGCUGUGCAUGAUGAUUGCAAGCUGAGGUUCUUGGAACUGAAGGCGAAAAGGACUCACCGCUUCAUUGUCUUUAAGAUUGAAGAGAAACAGAAGCAGGUUAUUGUUGAAAAAAUUGGCGAGCCAACUCAGAACUACGAGGACUUCGCUGCUAGUCUUCCAGCUGAUGAAUGCAGAUACGCUGUUUAUGACUUUGAUUUUGUUACUGCAGAGAACUGCCAGAAAAGCAGGAUUUUCUUCAUUGCUUGGUGUCCUGACACUUCUCGUGUCCGAAGCAAGAUGAUUUAUGCCAGCUCAAAGGAUAGAUUCAAGAGGGAGCUGGAUGGAAUUCAAGUGGAACUGCAAGCAACUGAUCCAACUGAAAUGGAUCUCGAUGUUAUCAAGAGUCGCGCCAGCUAAGUAAAAACCCAUAAGCCUUCUGAAGCAUUGUUUGUCUUUGCAAUGACCAUCACUUGAAAAUGGUUGUCUAUAGUAUGUGGGGUGGUAUAAAUGAAAUGACUAGUCACUAAGUACUUCCUAUACUGUUCUUUUAAUUUUAACUGGAGUUUUGAGUGUCUCAUAUAUGAAGUUAUUUGCCAAUUUAGAUUAUA